AUGAAGAGGCUUCAUGCUUCAGCUUCAAACACCAAAACGGGAAAAAAAAUUUCUGAGAAAAAUAGAAGAGAUCAGAUGAAGAGUCUCUGUGCUGAGCUUUACCGUCUUCUUCCAAAUGACAUCUCCACGGGAUUUUGCCCGCUGCCUGAUAAAUUAGGCGAGGCAAUAAAUCAUAUCAAGAGCAUGGAGAAGAAGCUGGAGAAUUACAAGGAGUGGAAGCAGAAAUUGCUGUUUGGUAAAAGACCAUGUUCAUCCACUUCAAGUGAAUCUAACAACAGCUCAAAGUUAACUAAUGUUGAAGUUCAAGAAAUAGGACCUGAUGCGACUGUGAUUUUGAUAAGCGGGAUGGAAGAACAAGCUUCGUUUUAUGGCAUUAUUCCCCGGCUUCAUGAAGAAGGAUUUGAGGUUGUCAAUGCUAACUUUUCCAACAAUGGGACCUCGAUGCUUCAAGUAGUUCAUCAGAAGGUUGGAGCAUCAACAUCUGGCAGUGAAACUACAGCAGUUUCCAAGAGGUUAAAAGAACUGAUCCAUGGCUAUUCACAGGGCGAAGUUGAAUCGAAUCUGGACUUGUGGGACUUCGGAAUCGAACCUGAUCUCCUAACUUCGGACUUCCUUGGCCCUUUUACAACAGACAACUUUUGUCUUCUGCAGCAGCAUUGA